UGAUGUAUUUCGGGAUGGUCGCGAGGCGCGCAUUGUCAGGGGCCUGUUCCCAAAGCAACUUAGCGCCAUAACGACUUUUGUUGUAUCCCAAACAACUGAAACCUUACCUGGGCCAGCGAGGGGUGAUAACGACGCGGCACCCCCUCCAUACACCGACUCUUCAUCCUCUCCUCCAUUGACCGUCUGCCAGCUGUUCACCGCUACUUGUCUAUCGACCCUCAUCUUUCCACCAUGGUGUCCUUCUCCUGCGAGGGCUGUGGAGACGUCCUCACAAAGAAGAAGCUUGACGGGCAUCGUAACCAAUGCUAUGGCGCUUCCUUUACCUGCCUCGACUGCAUGGUCCACUUCCCAGGAACCUCGUACAAAUCUCAUACGGCCUGCAUAACCGAAGACCAAAAGUACCAGGGCAAACUCUACAAAGAGAAGAAGAAGGGCCCGCAACAGAAGAGAGACAGCGCCUACCACGACAACUCUCAAGCCAUCACUCCUCACAACGCAUCCGUCGAAGAAGCGCGCAAUGAUGACAACGCCGUCGCAGUCGUGGAUGCCCCGCCUCGUGCGCCCACUCCUCCGCCAGCGGCGCACUCUCUAGGCUAUCACCAGCAAGAGGCUAUUGAGGCUCCUAAUGUCUUCGAUUUCCUUGACCCCUCGUCGACACCCAAUGUUCCGAGAACGAGCGCGCCCAUCAACGAAGCGCGCAUGCUUGAAGACAGUCAGCCACCUGCAUACGAGGAGCAGUACAUGCCUACAAUCGCCGACGUCAUGAAGUUCCAGGUGCCCGACGACGACGAGUCCUUUGCACAAAACGGCUUCUCGUACGGGAACGAGCAAGUUCGUCCUUCCAAUGAGCGCUACGACUCGUACACUACACCUGCCUCCAAGUCAAAGCACUCGAGGAACAAGUCGCGCGACACGGAUGUUGAAACCACGUCGAAGAAAACCGAUCGCAAGCGCAAGCGCAAUUCGCCCAGUGAACUCGAUAUGUCGCUAGUCCGCGCCCAGGAGGAAAGAGACACUAUGAUGGCAGAUGCGCCCGCGACGCUUCACUCUGGUCUCACUGGAGGGCUGAACAGACUGCUUGCCCGACCUGAGUUCCCACCUUCGCCGGAUGACUCUGGUGACUAUGUCAACUCGCCUCUGAGCCCCAUGAAACGCGCCAAGCAGGGUAACUCGAAGGCUCUUAUGCGCGCGCAGCGAGAAUACGAGGCGGAGCAAGCUAAGCAGCGCAAGGCUGACACCAAGGCUCGUGAGCAAGCAGAGAAGAAGGAAAAGGACAGGGGCCGCGAUAAGGAGCGCAAAGAGCGCAAGGCUAGCACUGCUCUCGUCAAGAUCAGGCCCAAGAAGAAGCGCGAGGAUUCUACAACUGAGGUUCGCCGAGUCCGUCGUCGGCAAUACUCGUCUUCUGUGUCGCCACCACCGCGCGAGAGCAAAGCGGUCAAGGCCAUUGAGUACCAUCGUUCGGCAACAAACUCUCCGGAGCCAGAUGGCCAAGGCCAGCUGAUUGUGCGGCCCACCGGAGACGUGGCACCUAUCUCUUCGCCUGCAGGACUGUUCAUGUCCUUCAUCACCAAGGGUCCAGACUCCGAGCGCGGCAUGAGUGUCAACAAGGCUCUGAAACGGUAUCAUCGCGAGCGUCACGAGCACCAUGCCCGCGCGCCCUCCAAGGCUGAUGACGAGAAAGAGCUCUGGAAGGAUCUACGUCUCCGAAGAAAUGAUAGGGGCGAGAUUGUUCUAUUCUAUGCUCCUAACGAGGCUUCGUGACUAGACGGGGAUCCGGAUCUCGACAUUAUCGUCCGCAUGCGCGCGUGGUCUUGUUCUGAUCCGACACCAAGUCAGGGAUCUGAUGACAUGAUCGAUGUCUGACUACAAUGGGGGAAAAGGUAGUUUCGUGGUCGACUCUUGUACGAUACCAUGCUGCUCCAUACGUUUCUUCCUUUUAGAUGAUACCCGACAUCAAGUCAAAGGUUAUUUCGGGUGGGCUCGGUGUAUCUGUUCCUGUACAUGUCUUGCUUAGGAUUCGGCUUCUUCUGUUGUAUCUCAUAUUCGCAUGUCUUAUUGUCCGCAUAUACGUACUGUCACGGCCAUACUUUGUCUGCGUUGCUUGCUUUGGUAUCUUUUGGCCAAAUUACUUGCCCUAAUACUCCUUUGGGCUGGACCCGCUCCGUCAUUUCGGCGUUGGGUCCUCAAGUAUAAUUAUGUUGAGUUCUGCA